GAGGCGGAGACCCGGGCUGGCGGGCGGAGCAGGAGGCACCGCACCUCGGCCAGAGGCGGCUGCAGCUGCUGCUGCCCUCAUCCCCGCCGCCGCUUUCCCAGCCCCUUCUGUGAUUACCCUUCCAGCUCCUGGGAACCGGCGAGAAAGAGAAGGGCGAGAAACUCCCACCGACCCACAGAGGGAGCAUGACUUCAGCAACUUCACCUAUCAUUUUAAAAUGGGACCCCAAAAGUUUGGAAAUCCGGACACUGACAGUGGAAAGGCUUUUGGAGCCACUCGUCACACAGGUGACGACCCUUGUCAACACAAGCAACAAAGGCCCAUCUGGUAAAAAGAAAGGGAGGUCAAAGAAAGCCCAUGUACUGGCUGCAUCUGUAGAGCAAGCCACUCAAAACUUCCUGGAAAAGGGUGAACAGAUCGCUAAGGAGAGUCAAGAUCUCAAAGAAGAAUUGGUGGCUGCUGUCGAGGAUGUACGCAAACAAGGUGAGACCAUGCGCAUCGCCUCUUCAGAGUUUGCUGAUGACCCGUGCUCCUCGGUGAAGCGGGGCACCAUGGUGCGGGCGGCCAGGGCUCUGCUGUCGGCUGUGACACGCUUGCUCAUCCUGGCAGACAUGGCAGAUGUCAUGAGACUUUUAUCUCACCUGAAAAUUGUGGAGGAGGCCCUGGAAGCUGUCAAAAAUGCCACAAAUGAGCAAGACCUUGCAAAUCGCUUUAAAGAAUUUGGAAAAGAGAUGGUGAAACUUAACUACGUCGCUGCAAGAAGACAACAGGAGCUGAAGGACCCUCACUGCCGGGACGAGAUGGCAGCUGCACGAGGGGCUCUGAAGAAGAAUGCCACCAUGCUGUACACGGCCUCCCAAGCCUUCCUCCGCCACCCAGACGUCGCCGCCACCAGAGCCAACCGGGAUUACGUGUUCAAACAAGUCCAAGAGGCCAUCGCUGGCAUCUCCAAUGCUGCUCAAGCUACCUCGCCCACCGAUGAAGCCAAAGGCCACACGGGCAUCGGGGAGCUGGCCGCGGCUCUGAAUGAGUUUGAUAACAAGAUCAUCCUGGACCCCAUGACGUUCAGCGAGGCCCGGUUCCGGCCGUCCCUGGAGGAGCGUCUGGAGAGCAUCAUCAGUGGCGCGGCGCUCAUGGCCGACUCCUCGUGCACCAGGGAUGACAGGCGUGAGCGCAUCGUGGCCGAGUGCAACGCCGUGCGCCAGGCGCUGCAGGACCUGCUCAGCGAAUACAUGAACAACGUAAGUCCCGGGCUCCCGGCCCGCGCCUUCCGCUGGGGGUUCUGGUGCGCCAUCUGGUGGCUACAUGGAGAGCCUACACAGCGUGGAAAGAGGCCAGGUGAUCCCGAGUCUAGUGAAACCCAAGAGUUACCUUGGAGAGUCAGGUCUUGA